AUAGAUAUAAAAAAAUAAAUUGAUAAUUUUUCGAAAAUGAAUAUCGCAAUAAUACUAAAUAUUCAAGUGUACUUAUGUAUAUUUUUCACUAUUUUACAUACUGAAGGAACACGUAGUAAAAAAGAAACUGCAACUAUCAUUAAAAAUUUUUUACAUCAACCAGGAUGGAAUAAUAUAAAUGAUGUCAGAUUAAUUAGGUAUUGGGGCAAAAACUAUGAACUGAAAGAUUUAUUUAUUGAACCUGUAACAUUAUAUAAUUGUGAUAAUUGCAUACGGAAAGCAACGUUGUUUCUUGGAUGUUCUUACAUUCAUGAUUUAAAAUUAAUAUACUUAUCAUUAAUUGAAUUUCAAGAACAUUGUUCUGAUCUAUUAAAUUCUGGCGAUGAUAGUGCGCACAAUUGUACGGUCACACUUUUAACACAAAUGAGAGAAAUUAUUCCAAUGUCAAAAUUUAUGAAUGGAGCUUUAUAUGCUAUAGAAAAAUAUCAUACUAUUCCCUGGAAUAUCCAAAAAAGAAACCAUUUUAUUUUAAGCAGUUUACUAACAAAAAUACAGGAAGAUGAAACUUUAUUGUCUACGCUGAAAAUCAGUUCGGAUUCAAUUAGAGAUGUAUUAGAGACUAUCGCGAAAAUAUUAAUCGCAAGGAAUCUUAAAAUUGAUGAUUAUAAUUUAUUUUGUUUACUAGAAGACUUAGAUUUUAAUUCAUUAUGGAAUUCGUGGAAUACAGAUUUCAACAAAUUAAGAUAUCAAGGGAAAUGUCAAGAACUUUUCAUUUUUCUUAGUGAUAAAAUUAGAAAUUUAAUCCUAACGACAAUCAUGAAAAAGUAUAUUGAACUUGGAUUUAAAUAUGACUGGAACACAAGUCAGACUUUUUUACCUUCUCUACCAUCUACCAAUAUCAAGCAAGGAACACGUAGUAAAAAAGAAACUGCAACUAUCAUUAAAAAUUUUUUACAUCAACCAGGAUGGAAUAAUAUAAAUGAUGUCAGAUUAAUUAGGUAUUGGGGCAAAAACUAUGAACUGAAAAAUUUAUUUAUUGAACCUGUAACAUUAAAUAAUUGUGAUAAUGUCAUACGGAAAGUAACGUUGUUUCUUGGAUGUUCUUACAAUUAUGAUUUAAAAUUAAUAUACUUAUCAUUAAUUGAAUUUCAAGAACAUUGUUCUGAUCUAUUAAAUUCUGGCGAUGAUAGUGCUCACAAUUGUACGGUAACACUUUUAACACAAAUGAGAGAAAUUGUUCCAAUGGCAAAAUUUAUGAAUGGAGCUUUAUAUGCUAUACAAAUAUAUCACAAUCAUUUCUUGAACACCCAAAAAAGAACCAAUUUUAUUUUAAGCAGUUUACUAACAAAAAUACAGGAAGAUGAAACUUUAUUGUCUACGCUGAAAAUCAGUUCGGAUUCAAUUAGAGAUGUAUUAGAGACUAUCGCGAAAAUAUUAAUCACAAGGCUUCUUGAACUUAAUGAAGAUAAGUUAUUAUGUUUACAAGAAGACUUAGAUUUUAAUUCAUUAUGGAAUUCAUGGAAUACAGAAUUCAACAAAUUAAGAUAUCAAGUCAAAUGUCAAGCACUUUUCAUUUUUCUUAGUGAUAAAAUUAGAAAUUUAAUCCUAACGACAAUCAUGAAAAAGUAUAUUGAACUUGGAUUUAAAUAUGACUGGAACACAAGUCUGACGUUUUUACCUGCUCUACCACCUACCAAUGUCAAACAAGAUGUCAAUUUUGAAAUGAUAGAUGAUGAUUCAGUCUUACUAAUAAAGUAUCCUGAUGGUAUGGAACCAUUUAAUAAGUACCUAUAAAUUAAUUUUUUUUGCUAAAUGUUUCUCAUAGUUCCAUUAUUAUAUACAAUAAUUGUGUUAAUUUAGUUUGUAUGCAUGAUUUAAAUAUUUAUUAGUGAACACAAUUAAUUAUUUCUAACAUUACAUUUUAUUAGUAUACUCAAAAAGUUUGUGUUAUUUACUCUUUUACACUAAUAAUAAUAAAACAAGACGCAUCACAAAAACCUAAAACAAUAUAUAAUAACAUUGUUACCUAUAUAACAAUAAUUUGAUCCAAAAUUUUGUUAAAAU